GUCUUGUGUUUUUCUUGCGAUUUUCCUCAGCUUUUAGCCGAAGUAUUAUUUUUUUAAUUUCCCGAUUUCCCGACUUCCUUAAAGAUUCGAUAGUCAUCACUGCCAUGAGUACGAGUGAUAAAAAAUCGCCAACGGCGGCGAGCGGAACAGAUGAUAUCCUGGAACCGAGCACCGUUUCGAUGGUGGCCUCCUCGAGCCGGGACGAUAUCUGGGACGAUACGAUCAUCAUCAAAAAGUACGACGCUUCGCUGGCCCUGAUCAAGGAGGAAGUAGCGAAGCGGCUAGCGAUGAAGACGAACCGGAAAGUGAUUCACGAGUCCGCGCUGACCGCGGCCGGCAGCCGGAAAACCCCGAAAAAGGAAACCGACGAAUCGAUGGUAGAUGGUGGCAGCGGAGGCGGCGUUGGUGGUGCGGUUUCGCCGGGUCAGGACGAACGGAGUGCCAUGGAGGUAUCGGAGCAGGAACUGGUGAAUGGUGGGCGCGCAGAAACGUUCGAAAUUGGAGAUUAUGUACGGGCCACGUACGACGACGGGAUCGAUUAUGAGGCCAAAAUAAUCGGAUUCGGUACGCACGGAGAUUGCCUGAUACGGUACGUGGGCUACAACAACGAACAAACGGUACUGCUGGAGGAACUGGUGCCCUCGUGGGGUCGUAAAGCGCGAAGACAGCAACGUGCGGAAGCGGCCGAAGCGGAAGCAGCCGCCGCCGAUUCCCAGCUCGAUGGCAGUGACGAUGAGCAGCAACGGUUCACGAAGCAGGCCAGCAAGAUCGAACUGAACUUCGGGCCACACUUUAGCCGGCCACAGGUGGGUCAUGCUGGCGCUGGAAGGGCAGGAAUCGGUCGAUACGGAAUGAGCGGAGGUAUACCGGGUGGCUCGACAGCGUACAUGAUCCCGCCGCCGCCACCCAUGCCACCGAUGCUGGAGGAUGCAGAUGAUGUGGAGUCCGAGAAUCUUUCCGCCAUGCUUAUGUCCUGGUACAUGAGCGGGUACUAUACGGGGCUUUAUCAUGGCCAGCGGAUGUCCCAGCAGCAACAGCAACAACAGCAAACACAACAUCAGAAGCGAGCCAGACAAUCGUAAUAGCUGUCGCUCGGAUUGUGCCCUAGAUUUAAGGAAACUAUUUUACGCAAAGCAUCAUCGGAUCACUCAUGGGGUCACCAGUGGAUCUAAAGUAUUUGGUUAACUCAUUGCAAAGAUAGCCAAACGGAGCUGGAAGGUGAUGGAAGGUGGUUCACGUUCUCGAUGGAGCUCGGUGGCUGUUGCUGGGCCACAAACGCUCGCUGUUGAUAUCUAUAAGCUUAUCUUAAAAUAGUUUGCAUGGUUCAUGAUUUGAUUUUCGAUGAUAAUAUAAUAAUGAUCAAAGAAA